AUGGCUCCCGCGCAAUCCAACCAGCUCUCGAUCCCCUUCCGCAAGUCGACGCAGAUCUCCCUCUCGAGCACGAUCCGGCAGUACAUCUCCAAGAAGUAUGACCAGCACCCCGACAUGUUCCGUCAUGACCUCGAGGUCAUCGACGCCCUGCGCAGAGACGCCGUGAAUGUCCGCGAGGCGCAUCCCAGCGGCAUCAAGAAGCUUCAGGCGUACGCGGCGCAGCUUGUCUGGGUUGGCGGCAAGUUCCCGAUUGAUAUCGGCGCAGACUUUACGUGGUACCCCGCCCUUGGAUACAAUACCGAACGACCUCUCGUCCAGAACAACCUCAAAUACGAACUCCUCAACGUCCUCUACAACCUCGCCGCCCUGUAUUGCCAACUUGCUGCCGCGACGAACCACAGCGACGUCGAAGGCCUCAAGACGGCCGCAAGCUACUUCUCACAGGCAGCCGGCGUCUUCGAGCACAUGAAGACCACGGUGCUGCCGCAGCUGCGGAUGCCCACCCCGCCCGACGACAUGGACGCGCCAACGCUGGAGUCGCUGAUGCAGUUGAUGCUGGCGCAAAGCCAAGAGUGCUUCUGGAUGAGGGCGGCGUCGGAGAGGUACAAGGAUGCAACAAUCGCGAAGCUGGCUGCGCGCCUCUCGGAUCUGUACAACAACGCAGGCGAGGCUGCGAUGAAGAGCGAAGCCAUUAGUUCUGCGUGGAUCCAUCACAUGAGCGCGAAGCACCACCACUUUGCCGGCGCAGCACAGUACCGCGCUUCGCUUGACUGCCUCGAGAAGCGCAAGUAUGGCGAGGAGGUCGCCCGCCUCAUGGAUGCGCUCCAGUGCGCCAACGAGGGGCUGAAGGAGUCCAGGGGAGGUUAUCUCAGCAAAGCGGUCCAGGAAGACCUCAACGGCUUGAAGAGCCGCAUAGAAGAGGACCUCAAGAGAGCGGAGAAGGACAACGACUUGAUCUAUCUGAAUCCCGUUCCGCCAAAGUCGGAGCUCAAGACGCUUGAGCGCGCAAACAUGGCCAACGCGAAGGUACCGCCGCAAGUCGCUUCGCCCUUUGAGUAUCUCGGUGAUCAUGCCGAGUUCGGCCCUGCUCUCUUUUCCAAACUCGUACCCUUUGCAGUCCACAUGGCCGCGUCGAUCUAUGAAGAGAGGCGAGACCGUCUAAUCAAUCAAAAUAUUAUCCAAGAGCUUGAGAAUCUAACCGAUCGACUGCACGAACUGCUUUCAUCUCUCAACUUGCCGGGAUCUAUGCAGGCUCUAGAGAAACCCCUCGGACUGCCUGGCAGUCUCAGCCAACACGCCGAAGAAUUGAGACAAGCCGAUGCCAUGAACCGCGUCUUCCGCGGUUUCACCGACAUCGACAAGCUACGUUCAAGCGACAGGGCCGUCUUUGAAGAAGGCAAAGCCCUCUUGCUCACGGAGGAGGCAGAAGAUGACGAGCUCCGCCGCAAGCACGGCACUCAGCGCUGGACGCGUCCGGACGGGAAGAGCGACCCCAAGGGCUCCAAACUGUGGACACAGGUCGGGGAGAUCGACGGCUACCUCCAGUCCAGCACCUCGAGUGACGGCGUGGUGCUCGAGAAGUGGAACGCCGUGCAAGACACGCUGGCCAUCCUCGCCAGCUCCGACCGGGCCAUCCUGGACUUUGUGCCCAACAGCCGCAGGACCGAGAUACCCGAGAGCAUCAAGCCCGCGCUCGGGCGCCUGCGCGGGGCGUACAACGACAUCCUGAGGCUCGAGUCCCGGCGGCGGAAGCGCGCCGAGGCGCUGCGGGAGAAGGCGCGGGCCGACGACAUCAAGCCCGACAUCCUCAAGGAGGCGGCGCGGCUGGAGCGGACGUACCCCAACACCGAGAUCGCGACGGCGCACUUUGAGGACUUCUUCGAGAGGCGGCUGGACGCGACGUACGAGCCCGACGUGGAGCUGCUGGGCCGCGAGGCUGAGGAGCAGGACCGAAGCUUGGCCGAGGUUGUGCGGAUCAACCGCGAGUUCGAGGCGCAGAAGCGCGCGGCCGGGGACAAGGGCACGCGGGAGCGGGAGGAGGCGCUGCAGAGGCUCGACGACGCGUACUACAAGUACAAGGAGAUCGUCAACAACAUCGAGGCCGGGCGCAAGUUCUACAACGACCUGAGCAAGAUCGUCGGCCACUUCCGGGACCAGUGCCGCGACUGGGUGCAGGAGCGGCGCAAGGACGCGCGGAGCCUGGAAGAGGAGAUUCUCAUGCCGCCCCUAUCUUCUCUGUCGCUGAACCACCCAGCGCACCCGCCGCCCAUGCAGUCUCCUCCCCCGCCAGCGCAGGCGCCCAGCCAGUUCUUCUCGCCGCAGCCGGCCCAGCAGCCCGUACACAACCCCAUGGAGGCUAGGAUCCAGUCGUGGGCGGACAACGUACCGCAGCAGCAGCCCAAGCCCAUGCCGGCGGCCCAGCAGAUGUGGUCCCCGGACAUGGGCAUCAAGUUCUCGGCGAGCCAGGGUGGGCCUGCGGGCGGGAGUGCAGGGGCAGCGCAGAUGGGAGGGCAGCAACAACAACAGCAGCAGCAGCAGCAGCAGCAGCAGGAUGGGAACCGGACGUGGAAUCCGAAUUCGGGUAUAAGAUUUGGGUGA